AACAAACCUCGAACACUGCAGCCUCGCCGUGUACCACUGCACGGAAUCGCCAACAUGCCCGCCGCCGUUUCUUCUCGCACACCCAAGGCAUCAAAGGCCGGCCGCGACACAGCACCGCCUGCCAAAAAAGCGAAGCUUGCCCAGUCGCCUGCAGCAAUCCGCCAAAACGGUCUCAAGUCACUCCUCAAUGGUGGUGCAGCAAAGCCAACAGCAAAAUUAAACAGUGCUAAGAAUGCGCGCAAUACAAAAGUCGACGAGUCUGCUACCGUUGUGGGCGGAGGCCAGUCCGGUCAUGGUGACGUCGAUAUGGAGGAUGCUGGAAAAGACGUGAUCGAGAUCAGCAGUGCAGACGAGGAGAGCCACUAUUCCAGCUCAGAUGAUGAGAAGGACGAUGCAGCACCUGCUGUCAAUGGCGAGGGAGACGAGGAGGACCGCCCAAUGGACGACGAGGCCGUAGACCCAGAGGAACUCUCGUUCGGCGACAGACUGCGCGCACAAGAGCCAGAGCCAGUACAGGAGUCGCGUAUUGUCGACGUUGAGACCACAUUCGGCGCGAACGAUUCAAGAGCAUUGGCAACUGCAUCAGCCAACCGCCCGCUGUCCGCACCCUCAGCCUCGUCCCUCGGGACAGUCCUCACCCAAGCUCUACGCACAAACGACCAGGAGCUCCUCGAGUCAUGUCUGCGCGUGAUCGACAUCGACACCAUCUACGCCACGGUCGAGCGUCUGCCAUCGCCGUUGGUUGGCAACCUGCUUCAGAAGCUCGCUGAACGCCUACACAAGAAGCCUGGGCGUGCAGGUGUGCUCAUGGUCUGGGUGCAGUGGUCACUUGCCGCACACGGUGGUUACCUUGCAAGCCAGCCCCAGCUGGUCAGACAGCUUGCAACAUUGAACAAAGUGCUGAAGGAGCGUGCCAGUGGACUGCAGCCUCUGCUGUCGCUUAAGGGCCGUCUGGAUAUGCUACAAGCCCAGCUUGAGCUAAGAAGAAGAAAUCAGAAGAAGGCUACCGGUGACGAUGAAGACGAGGCAGUCAUCUACGUUGAGGGUGAGGAUGACUACGAGUCUUCCGUGGAUGAGGAGGACGAUGCACACGACAGCACACGAAAGAGGAUACGAGACGUCGACGAUGACGAGGAGAGCUCAGACGACGAGAUGCCCACAACAAUGGAGGUCGAUGAAGAGUCAGAUGAGGGCAGCGAGGACUCUGAGGAUCUCAUCGACGACGAGGCUGAGGAGACCGACGAUGAUGCGGGCGACGAUAUGUCUGAGCCCAUGAGCGACGACCUGAAUGACGGCGAGGGUGUCUCGAGCGAGGAAGAGUCGAAACCAGCCAAGAGGUCUACGAUCGGUCGUGCAGGCUUGAAGAGCCGUCGCUGAAUUUGACGACACGAAGGACACGAUAUGUAAGAAUGUACUGGCGAUCUGCGACUCGCGAGAGUUGUUCACAUACUUCGAUUCCUACCCUUUGUCGUAUUUUGUCUACUUUGUAUGGUUGCAUGAGGAUGCAAAACGUCCCGCAUCCUGGCGUUACUAUGGUCAAAAGCGUCUCCACGACGCUUACACUUGGUGUUUGCAUAGCGCUGGAAUAUACUGUCACAUUCUGCAAGUCUACACGCGUCCCUUCAGCUCCUU